AUGGGCAACAGUACUUCAUCAAAAUUGCCAAAGCAAAUGCAUAAAUUUCAGGAUCUGCAGCUGCAGCAAACUUCAUUGUUUACUCGAAAUGGUUAUCCAAAGAAGGCAAAGACAAGUGUCAUACGGUUAAGCUUGGAUGUAAAGCCCAUCAAAGAUCCCAAUAAGAAAAAAGGAACUAUUGCAGGGGCAGUUGCUUUGAUAAUUGGUACUAGUAUAGGCACAGGGAUUCUUGCACUCCCAGAAAAAGCUUCUCCAGCAGGAUUGAUUCCAAGUUCAAUAUCCAUGGUAAUAUGUUGGGGGUUUCUCCUGAUUGAGGCACUUUUACUUAUUGAAAUCAAUGUAAGCAUGAGGAGGAAGAAGGGAAAGGAAGACAAAGAGAAUGAGUUGGAGGUCAUUUCAAUUAGGACUAUGGCCCAAGAGACUCUAGGAGACUGGGGUGGAAUUCUAGCCUCUCUAGUUUACAUUUUCUUAGGUUAUACUUCCAUGGUUGCUUACAGUUCCAAGUCAGGGGAGAUCCUUUUUCACCUUAUCAAUCUCCCAGCUCCAGUUUCUGGCAUCUUUUUCACUACAGUUUUCACUCUUCUCAUCUCCAUUGGUGGGACUCGAGCUACGGAUCAAGUUAACCAACUGCUCACUGCUUCAAUGAUAGGUUUACUAGUAGCAAUAGAGGUGCUAGCAGUUAUGUUUGGAGGUUGGUCAGGACCAGAAGGAAGUGGAGAUUGGGGAAAAGUCCCGCCUACAAUACCUGUCAUAAUAUUUUCUUUGGUGUAUCAUGAUCUAGCACCUGUUCUUUGUGCAUAUUUGGGCAGUGAUCUUAAACGCUUAAGGAUUUCGGUGGUUCUUGGUAGUCUUGUUCCAUUGCUAGGAUUACUUGUUUGGGAUGCAAUUGCUCUUGGCCUAUCUGUCCAAGCUGACCAAAUGGUUGACCCUGUUGAAUUGCUUAUGAGGGUGAAAUGGAGUGGGGUUUCAUAUAUGGUAGAAGCCUUUUCUCUCCUUGCAGUUGGAACAUCACUGAUUGGCACUCUUCUUGGCUUCUCUGAGUUUUUCAAAGAACAACUAAAUAGCCUGUUGUCGAAUUCUCCCCUCACACAAACACUGCAGAAUCCAAACAUACCCUUUAAUCUAAGGGAAUGGUGGGCUGGGAAAAAUGUUAGCUUUACAUCAGUGGCAUUGGUUGUUGUUCCAUCUCUUUUUGUGUCGACUACUAUUCCUGAUGCAUUCUCUACUGCCACAGACAUUGCUGGAGGGUAUUGUAUGACAAUGCUAUAUGGAGUUCUUCCACCAGCAAUGGCAUGGGCAAUGCAUGAUAAAGAAAGAGAUGGUGCUUCUGAUGGAAAGACUUUAUCGAGAACAAGGCCAGUACUGGUUGCUGUAGGACUCCUUGCUUGUGGAAUUGUGGGGGAGCAAAUCCUUCAAGACAUCCACAUAUUUCAUUUCUAGCAUGAACUUACAGUAAUAUGAUGACUCUUAGGUGGAAGAUUCAGCAAAACCUUCCCAAGAGAACUACCGUGCUUACCUCUGCAAGUUUUCUCUGAAAUUCCACUUCCAUUUGAGCAAAAAGAUCAGAAUUGUCCUUCUCUGCUUCCUCUUUGGCUUGUUUAAGUUUAGCUGCUAUAGUUGGACAAAAAGAACAUGUGCUUUUAGAUCACUAGGCCAGUAAAACGCCAUCCAUUGGUGAAUGCUAAACUUGGAAGCAUCACAUGAAAGCCAUAUUUGUAAAGUUGCGGUAAAAUUUCUUGUAGCAGUCAAGAUCUGCUGAA